AUGGCAUCACUUCCGGCUUACGAUCUUUCCGUGGACGAGAUCCGCGUCGCGUUGACGUACGCCAAUGCGGCCGUCACGCUCCAGCCCAUCGCGAUCGACACAACGAAAGCGGCCGCUCCGGCUGCGACACCGGCUAAAAAGGCCGCCAAGCCGGAAGAGAAGGACGAUUUUGAUGUAUUUGGUGACGAUGACGAAGAAGAAGACGAAGCUCCCAAGGAAAGCCGCGCCGAAAUGUUGGCCCGUCUCAAAAAGGAAGCCGAAGAACGUACCGCCAAGAAAGAAGCCAACCAGCGUACUCUCGUCGCUAUUGAAAUCAAACCCUGGGACGUGGAACAGGAUCUCAUGGUUUUGUGGAAGAAAAUCACAGAAACCAUCGUACAGGAUGGUCUCAAAUGGGGCGAAUCCUGCAAUUUGGCGGAUGUCGCGUACGGAAUCAAAAAAAUUCAGUGCACAUUUGUCAUGGGUGUAAGCAACUCGUCCGACGAUGUUGUCGAGAAGAUUCUGGACAUGGAAGAUGAAGUGCAGAGCUGUGAAGUUGUCUCCAUGAACGUUCUUUAA